AUGUGGCGAUACAUUCGCAACAAACCAAAAAUUCAAGUAUCAUUUAACUGAAAGAAAGCACCCUUGUGUACCUCAAAAUAUAUUACAAGCAACUGUGCCAGUUUCUAGCUCUGAAUCCUUGUCUAAUUUAGAUUCGCAAUUUCAAGUGGUAAAAAAUCCUAAUGCUAGAAAAUUAGGCGAGUCUGUUAAACAAUGGGGAUCGAGAUUACGAAAAAAAGUCAAAGAAUUAGAUGACAAGGAUCGUGGUCAGCCAAAAAAUUUGGCUGAAACCAAAGCUCUUUAUGAUGAAUUAUUGCAACUGGAUCCAAAUGUAUAUUUCCGACCUGUAACAAAAGAAGAAAAGCAUAAAGUGCAAGGAUUUUUUGAUGAACCUGAAAUCGAGGAAGCAAAUCUUCAGCGCCCUCAUACCCAAGCUCAUCAUAAAGGUAGACUUACUAAAUCAGAAAAAAUAGUAACUCAACAAACCACACCAUUAGAUAAUAUAGAAUUGCAACCUGUUCAAGAAUUGCCUAUGCACGAAGAAGGAUUUCUAGAUUUAGAUGUAGAAGUACCAUGGCCAGUUCGAUUUCCAUAUAAUGAAGAGCAUCAAGCUAAAGAGAUAGAUUUGGCCAGUAUAAUAUUAGGAGCAGAAAAUGAAGAUGAAGCUAUGCAGAAG